AACAAGUACAACCAGAUCCACGUGCGGUGGGGGAAAAGAGUUCCAAUCAUAAAGAGAAAAUUUCCCGCUGACUUUAAAAAAAACAACAACAAAACUUUUGUGACGAUUUGUUUCUGUGUGCACAAGACAAAAAUUCAAGAAUGAAAUCUCUAUGGGACUGUCACCGGUCACUCCUGAGAGGCUUCUUUCAUUAUGGCUACUUCCUAGCCAGUCACCCAGCCUGGUUCUUGACCAUUCCCAUCGGACUCUGCUUACUGUCCGCUGUAGGUUUCAUGAAUUAUAAUCCAGAAACGGACAUCGAAACCCUUUACGCACCAACCGAUAGCAGAGCAGUCAAAGACAGAGAUACAGUGGUCAAGACCUUCCCAGACCUGUUUGCCACCAACUACCAUCCGUUCAGCGCCAACAAACUGAUGGCUCAGGGAAUUGCGAUAUUCAGGAGCAAAGCUAAAAGAGCCAUACUGACACCAGAAGUGUUGCACGAGCUAGAGACGUUCAGAAACAACGUUCUAUCUCUGAGAGUUCAAGUCGAUGGUCAAAAUAUCACUUUUGAAGACGUGUGUGUUCGGAGCCAGACAUUUGGUGGAACAGACUGUGUGGUGGAUGGGGACUUUCUCUUUGAUCCUUUCUUUAACGAGUCGAUGAGCCGAGGAGAAGUGAACUAUCCCUUCUGGUUCUCUAUUGGUGGAGGCAUAGAUUUGAACCUGUUCAUCAGCGAUGUAGUCAUGAGCGACAACGAGGAGUAUCUGAAGGCAGCAGGAGCCGUUAAGAUGGCCUUUCCCCUCAGGCAAGACACAAAGGAAGUUGAGAAGAUGUCUCUAGCCUGGGAACUUGAGUUCGCAGAUUUGAUGAAGAAUGCGAAUUUUUCUACGGUUGAUUAUGCCUACGCAAUAUCGCAGUCUUUGAGCUUGGAACUGGAUAGAGGAACUAAAGGAGAUAUAUUCUACUUUUCAUUGACCUUCAUAAUGAUGAUCACUUACGCCUCGGUGGUUAGUGCAGGAGGAGACUGUGUGUCAACCAGGGCACUUCUGGCUAACGCUGGGGUCGUAGCUGCUGCAGUCGGCAUCAUGGGGGCGUUUGGCUUGGUGACGCUGACAGGUGUUCGCUUCGUGAAUAUGGUGGGCAUCAUGCCAUUUUUAACAUUGGGUAUUGGUGUUGACGAUAUGUUUCUUUUAAUGGGCACCUGGAGUGAAAUCACUGCAAUAAAAGAUAUUAGCAUCGAGGAGAGAAUUGGUCUAGUUUUCAAAAAGGCUGGAGUUGGCAUCACUAUCACAUCAUUGACUGAUUUCCUGGCAUUUGUUGUUGGCUCUUUGAGUGUCUUCAAGAGUGUGAAGAACUUUUGUAUUUAUACAGGUGUUGGCGUCUUAUUGUGUUACGUCUGCAAUGCGACCUUCUUCGCGGCCUGCCUCACUUACCACGGCCGGCGGGUCUACUCUGGUCGGCACACGAUCACGUGUAAGAAAGUGGGCAAGUCCAGGGCCGAGCUGAGCAGAGAGGGGCACUGUUGCUGCCAUGUUUGCUUGUUUGGGGGUGCAGUGCCCAGCGGUCCUAAUGAUGACCAAAGCUUGUGCGAGAAAGCACCAAAGUAUUUUCUUACAAACUUUAUUCUGUACAAACCAGUUCGUUUUGUCAUCCUCCUUGUGUUUGCUGGUUACCUGGGCGUCUCCUUAUGGGGGUGCACAAAACUGAAGCAGGGACUGGACCUUAAGAAUCUUGUGCUGGAGUCCUCCUAUUUCCACAAGUACCAGGUGUGGGAUACAGAGAAUUUUGGAGUCAAAGUUCCGAUUGCCUUUGUUACAACCAGUGAGAAAGAUUAUAAAAAUAUUUCAACGUUAAUGAACGUGUACGAGCUUUUGACCAAGUCCAAGGACGAUCCAUACAUUGACAAAACUGUUGACAACUGCUGGUUGACGUCAUUGUACAAGACUUCCUACUACAACAGCACGGAUGAUGACGCGUUCUUCGAUGGUCUCAAAACAUUUCUUGCCUUGCGCCCGAGCUUCCAGAAUGACCUUGUUCUUGGAGAGGACAACAAAUCCAUAGUAGCGUCCAGAUGUCAUGCUUACUCUAUUAAAGUUGUAGACUCCAAUGAUCAGGCCAACUUAAUGACACGGAUGAGGGACCUGGCAGACGCUUCGCCGGCUGACGUCUUUGCUUAUCAUCCAGCAUUUGUCUAUUUUGAACAGUACCUUUCUAUCCUGUCCGGUACUCUACAGACGGUUGGGGUCACUCUAGCCGUGAUGUUCGUGGUGACCUGCAUUUUCAUCCCGCAACCAAUGAUUGUGGUCAUUGUUAUGGUCCAGGUGGUCAUGAUAGUCACUGGAAUAUUUGGCUUCAUGGCCCACUGGGGUCUGACCCUCAGCUCUGUCACAAUGAUCCACCUCAUCAUGAGUGUUGGCUUCUCAGUGGACUUUUGCGCCCAUGUCUGUACAGCUUACAUUGUAUCAGAGAAACAGUCAAGGGAAGACCGCGCCAAGGACGCUAUUGUUCACGCCUCAGGCCCGAUUUUCAACGGGGGAUUGUCCUCCAUUAUCGGCGUGGUUGUGCUGCUCUUUACCGAGUCCUACAUUUUCCAGUCUUUCUUCAAAAUCAUGGUGCUGGUUAUCGGCUUCGGAGUCCUGCACGCUGUGUUCCUCAUUCCCGUAGUUCUGUCUUUCAUAGGCCCCGCCACCUACGUGGACCUGGAGGAUGAUUCCACCACUCCCCACUUUGCGAGCAAGGCGUCGGGCGGAUCAAAGCAGAAGAACGGAGAUGCCUCCUUGACGAAGAUCUCUAGUAUAAAUACCGCGACUCUAACGAAUGAGAGACCGCUGAGCGAUCACGACUUGCAGCUAGGUUACCUCCCUCGCGAAAAGUCACGGUAGAUCUUGAAAGCUCGUAUAUACACUACAUUCACUUCAUGUUAAUUGCCGCUAGGAAUUGUAGCUUAAACCUAGUGAAGUAAGCCUUUAUCUAUUUUAUUAGCUUUUGACAGUAAAAAAAAUAAUUAUUUCCCCUUUGUUUUAAGUUGUUUAUUUACGAUUGCGAUCUUAAAGUUAGCAAUAUAAUUUUUAUUAAGAUUUUCUCCAUACAUUUUAAAUACAUGUGCAGUUAUCUGCUCUUUGUUAGCAUCUCGAUUUGUAAGAUCAUGUUAAGAUUUUCAACAAUAAAAUACAGGAAGGGAGAACAAAGAAUAGAAAGCGCUAAAGAGAAAUGCGGAGGCGAUAUAUUGAAACCUACAGAAACACUUAAUAAAAAAAAAAAGUUGAAAAUUGAGAGAGAUUUCGAAACACACAAAGUAGACAAUGUCAAGGACGCUCUAGGGAAAGAGCUUGGAAGUUUAAUUUUACAGCGCUACAAAAAAAAAAAAGAA